AUGGUCUGUCUUAGAAGCGAGCGUAUCGUAAAGGGAAGGGCAACACCACUGGAUGUGUCGGUUAUAUAUAACCCUAGCACCGGAGAAUUUCUAACGUUACCUGAAACCAAGACGACAAAGACGACGAGGGACCUGUCUUUUAGGUGGCGGAGCUAUUUAGGGUAUGAUCCGGUUAAGAAACAACAUAAGGUCUUGUCCAUGGCAUAUAUGAAACAACAUGAAAAGAAGUAUCAGAAAUAUGAGAAAUGUGUGGAGUUUCAAGUUCUAAGUCUCGGAACUGGAAAGCUAACAUGGAAUGUUGUCGAAUCUUGCAUAUCCCAUUUUCCUCCUGAAGCACGUAGUGAGAUAUGCAUCAAUGGUGUUUUGUAUUAUCGAGCUGAGGUUAAAGACUCUUCCGGGGUUACCAUGUCUGUUGUUUCUUUUGAUUUUAGGUCUGAGAAGUUCAACGUUCUUAAAUUCAUGGAAAGUUUUACUCUGUCUGAUACAACAGCCUUGGUAAACUAUAAUGGAAAAUUAGGUGUGCUGAUGACAGACGAGUAUGGCGGUUUUGUUACAAGGAGAAGUACAUGUUUUGAGUUGUGGAUUCUUGAAGACUUGGUAAAACAUGAAUGGUCCAAGCACAUGUAUGAAUUGCCUCCUUUGUGGAAGAAUGUAGGUCACGAUGGGUUGCAUUUUGAUGGAAUGAUAGGUACAGACGAAAUUGUGUUGUUGUCUUCCGGUGUAGAUGAUGUGCCUUACGUUUUGUACUACAAUAUCAAGAGAAAGAUGAUCGUAAGAGUGGAAAUCAAAGGAAUCAAACCGUUUAUGGUUGAAGGAUUUCACAUCUUUCUAAACCACGUAGAGAACGUGAAGCUUAUUCAAGCAUAG